UUUCCAGUCGCCGGCUCCCCAGCUGCUGUACUUAUUCGCGAGACGCCCGUAGUUGCUGGGGUGCUUGUCACGAAUUGCGGCUUCCCGCUUCUCCUUUCUCACGCACACUCCUGCUCCGCCAGCUAUGGAUUUCGUGUUGAGCGGAGUGGCCGCCUGCUGCGCCUGCCUUUUUACGAACCCGUUGGAAGUGGUGAAAACGCGAAUGCAGAUCCACUACCGCAAUGUCUUCCAUGCUUUCUACACCAUUGGCAAGGUGGACGGGCUAGCUGGACUUCAGAAAGGGCUCGUGCCAGCACUCAAUUACCAGCUCGUAAUGAACGGGGUGCGACUGGGCUCCUACGCCAUCCUCGAGACGGGGGGCUACAUUCAUUCGGGGGGUAGAGUGAGCCCCGUGAAGAGCGUGGCGGCCGGAGCAGUGGCCGGAGUGCUGGGAGCCAUCAUUGGGAGUCCCAUGUACCUGGUGAAGACGCACCUACAGAGCCAGUCGACUGCUUCAAUUGCAGUGGGGCACCAAUAUCAACACCAGGGCAUGUUGCAUGCGCUGGUGUGUAUCCGCAAGGAGCAUGGCAUUCUGGGCCUGUGGCGAGGAGCAAGUGCAGCUGUGCCCAGGGUCAUGGUGGGGUCUGCUUGCCAGCUCUCUACCUUCUCAGCGGCUAAGGAGUUUGUCAGUGACUUGCAGGUUUUCCCACUUAACAGCUGGCUGGUGUCGCUGUCUGCCGGAAUGAUCAGCAGUGUGUUUGUAGUUCUGGGCAUGACGCCAUUUGAUGUGAUCAGCACCCGCCUGUACAACCAGCCAAUUGACAGCCGAGGAAAAGGCCUGCUGUAUAGUGGAUUCAUCAGCUGUUUUUCUCAGACUAUCCGUAAGGAAGGGAUUUUCGGCCUCUACAAGGGCAUCGGUGCAUCAUACUUCCGUCUCGGCCCACACACCAUCCUGUCCCUGCUCUUCUGGAAUGAACUUCGAAAGGUGUACUACAAGGACAGACAGCUGGCCAGCAGACCAAGAUGAUACACCGGUGAAGGAGGGGUGAAUCUUCAGUGAGGGCUGAAUGCCUCAAUCUGACUAGUAAGACUUCCACCACUGACUACCCUGAACAGGAUGAGGAGCUGCUCACAGACUCUAACAAUAUGCGAGUGAGCGCAAGACUAAACAACUAAUACUUGAGGAGCAUCUCACACGUAAGACACGUCUCCUGGCACAUUUUUAUAGUUUAGUUAAGUGCUGGAACCACCAAAGCGGGGAGCCAUUGGUGACAAUGAAACAGGUCAUGGUAUAGGCAGUUGAGGAGCCGAAGGGUUUUGCUGCAUCCUUUUGAGGAUUUUUUAUAGCAGAAGCUCUGCUGCCAUUAGUUUGAUGUGAUGUUGCUUUUAAAUAAUACAUAAGCAGCGACACAUGCACAUUUUAGAUUUUAAACUACAUUUUUAUACACAAGUUAAAAGUGUACUGUUCUUUAUUUUGGUACUUAUGGCUGUAUGGAGGCUCAGACAGUUUGCUAGUGGGCCACUAUAAGCAUCUGCUGACUAAACAAACUGCAUCAUUUUGAAAUGCCUUGUAA